AGACGUCACUUCCGCCUCCUCAGUAGCUGUAGAAGAUGGCGGCCGUCGUGGAGAGAAUUGAUGGAUGUGUUGGAUCGCUGGAGCCGGACGCGGUGUCGCUGAGACAGUCCAGCUCCCCGCAGGAGCAGCCGCACCAGAACAACCCUCUGCUGGGCCUGCCCAUCGUGGCUAUCGAGACCAUCCUGAAUUUCCUGUCCUACGAUGAGAUCAGCAUGCUGCGCUCGGUUUGUAAGCGCAUGGACAUGAUCUGUCAGCGGGUCCUGAAUCAGGGCUUUCUGAAGGUGGAGAGGUACCACAGCCUGUGCCAGAGACAAGUCAAAGCUCAGCUGCCCAGGCGGGAGUCUGAGAGGAGAAACCAUUCGCUGGCCCGUCACGCAGACAUCCUGGCUGCUGUGGAAACUCGCCUUUCUCUGCUCAACAUGACCUUCAUGAAGUACGUUGACUCCAACCUGUGCUGCUUCAUCCCUGGAAAGGUGAUAGAUGAAAUUUACCGCGUGCUGCGCUACGUGAACUCCACCAGAGCUCCUCAGCGAGCUCACGAGGUCCUCCAGGAGCUGAGGGAUAUCUCCUCCAUGGCCAUGGAGUACUUUGACGAAAAGAUCGUCCCCAUCCUGAAGAAGAAGCUGCCGGGGACUGAUCUGUCUGGACGUCUCAUCGGUUCCGCACCAGUGGCUGGGCCAUCUACCUCCUUGACCACCAUGUCCCUGUUGGCUAAGAACACACCCUCUCGCUCUGAGAUGACCAAGGUGCAGCAGCAGGUGAAGGUGAACGGGGCAUCGAUGACGGUCCUGCGGCGAGAGAUGCAGGAGAUCCGGGUGAAGCAGCUGGAGCAACAGAAGCAGCUGCAGGACCAGGAGCAGAAGCUGCUGGAGCAGAGCCAGGUGAUCGGCGAGCAGAACGCCCGCCUCGCCGAGCUGGAGCACAAGCUCCGGGAACUCAUGGACAGCAGUGCCGCCGCCAUGGGGGAUUCCAGGUCCCCCCCAACGGUCUCCUCCACUGCGCCCGCCGUGGCUUCUGGCGCCGCCAGCACAUCUGCUUCUUUGCUGGCAGGCGGUAGCGUGGCCCCACAGGGAGGAACGGAGACGGAGAACGGCUCAUCGCUGAAGCGCAGCAGAAAGAGCUCAGACCUCCCACGACAAUCCAAACGGCUCCGCAGCAGGAAAUGACUCGCUCUCUCAUGUAAAUGAUGCAAUCGCUCUCCAGUUAGACUGACCACACUCUGUAUCCCACGCCCCACAUCCGCCCCCACCACUCACCAUGCAUCACGUGUGCUGUCUCACUCACACCGCCAUGCAAACACCUCUUGCGGUGUGGGAGUUUUGACCAGUGUUCUGAUGUCCACAGCCGCAGCACUGAAGCCAGGACUUUGCACAGCAUUGACAGGGUCAACAUUAGGAUGUCACUCACAGAACUGUUGAAAGCUGCUGGUAAUCAGUAGUUUCUCUCUGUCUGCAGGUAAACAUCAUUGCAACAAAAAUUGCUCCAUUUUACACCGAGAACUAGGCAGCAGUGGCAGGUCCAGAUAAACCUUUAUUAAGGUGGAGGGAGCUUGUAACAGGGCCUGUGUGGGAUGUUCAUUCCUGCUAAAACAGAAAACUAGAAAGUUCUUGGUUUUACCAUUAAGUCACAUUACAGUUUAUGAAAGUCCGGCACAAUAAUGCUGACUUUCAGACCACAUGAUCCUCAGCUUUAGUUAUAUGAGAGAUGUUUUAUCCAGUCUUUGUAGAUAAAUCCCAUAAUUCAUAUUGCAGUGUCCUUUCCUGUAGGCAUGGGCCGGUUACCAAUAUCAGAUGUAGCAGCGUUAUAUGAUUUCCUUUUCCAUGGGGCAUCAGAGAAAGCAUUAAUCAGAGUCUCCAGCUCAAAGGGGUAUAGACUAAUGCAGAGCUACCCGUUCCCCACAUGUAGCUGCACGCCGACCGAAAGUUGGCUGAAAGUUGGCCUUUUUCUAGUCUAAACACAAAUGUAGCUGUCUGAAAGCGUUUCUGGUUUUGAAAUCCACGGACAGCUAUCAUGCGAUGGAGCGCCGCCUCUUAUUUGUGUUAAGGUAACAGCUUUUAAACUGUAAAGAACAUGACCAGCAGCCAAAAGCUGAAUCCCAACUUGAGCAGAUAGCCUGACUAAUUAACCAGGUAAUAUCAGCUUAUUACACUCGUUGUCAUUCCGUGAAGACGAGAACAGCGAAAAGCUUCAAGAUUCUGCACAAUAAGCAUGUUUACUUGAAAACUGCUACAAAAUCCCUUAAGAGCUGAUUUACUAACGAGUUAGAUAAAAGCGCAGAGUGGUAUUCAUUUUUGUUUGACAUAUUCCUUUGGAUAAUGUGGAACUGGUGUUUUUUAGAGAUGAUCACACCGACCCAUGCCUACUUUGAUCCAGAGCUAACAUUAGAUCAGGUCAGACAGCUCAGCACGCUUAUCAUGUAUGUAACGCAAGUCUGAGCGCAGGGUUUAAAGCUCUCAACGUUAAAGCAAGGAGUUCCGAAUCUGAAGGAUAAGGUGGAGGUGGCGUUCUUGGCCUCAGUCAGCCACACUGGCAAGGUUCCCAUCCAGGAACACUUUAAUGCUCAGCAUCAUGUGGCUGAGCCCUGUCCAACUGUUGCUCUACCUGUCCUGUUCACACAGGAUUUCAUGGUGUAAUCAUAGAUGGAUUCCAGACGCAGUAUCCAUUUCAGGGGCCCAGUUUCUUCUUUAAAGGGCAUUGUUUCCUGAAAAGGUUCAAGAUGUCUGGUUGCAUCCUAAAAAAAACACACAAGUGAAAUAAAACCUACCUGAAAGAAGAGAGACGAGUAGAACCAGUAGAAGAACUGUGUUUUGACCCUAAAAAGCAUGUUAUUUUUGUACCUACUUUAAAAUUCUAGUUCAAAUUCUGGCCUUGCACAAUGACAAGAAGGUCUGACUGGGUUGCAGUGAUCUUAGAGGGCAGUUGGAAAUGCGCUGUAUAGCAUUAGAUGGUGAGAAACGUUUUCUCUGUCAGGGCUCUGCUGCUCUCCUGUACAAACUCUCCUUUAGCCUGGAGUUGCUAGUUUCGCUGUGAAAUCAUUGUGUGGCUACUGUGCUUUCUUUCUUUGAAGCAUUUCUGUCGUUUGGAUGACCUGAACCACUCGUGGCAUGACUCUUUGGAAAUGCUCUUGUGUGUAUUAUAGUAACACUGGGCUGCAGAAAAUGCAAUGUAAUCUAGUGGCUUAAUGAGAGAAGUUGUACUGUAAUCUUUAUGUACUUUAAGAUGUAGAUUGUCAAUUAUUUCAUGUUUGUAAACAAAGAAACCUAUCUUUUAAUUUGGCCUGUUCAGGCCCAUCUAUGAAGUUUUGUUGCACAUAUUACUGUUACAAUGUAUAAACCAAACCUAUUAAAUAUCAACAGCUGAUACGCUCA